CUGGAGAUUGUACGUUUGGAGCCAGGCCUCCAGAGGUGCCAGGGGCUCGGGGCAGAGCCCUGCACAAGUGACCGCUGGACUCAGGGAUCAGAGACAGCCGGGCACCGAAGGGGAAAUCCUGUUAGACCAUCAGCCAAGCGAGCAGCUAUGGAUAAACAAGGACUUUGGGAUCCACACAGGGAAAGGAGACAGGCAGCCACCGAACCCCAGAGAUGAACGGCCUUCUCAUACUGGCUUGGUUCCUGGUUUGCAGUGUUCCUGCUGUGCCCGGGGGCUUGCUGGACCUCAAGUCCAUGAUUGAGAAGGUGACUGGGAAGAACGCCUUGACAAACUACGGCUUCUAUGGCUGCUACUGUGGCUUGGGCGGUCGGGGGACCCCCAAGGACGGCACGGAUUGGUGCUGUUUGGUGCAUGAUCACUGCUAUGCGCAGCUGGAGGAGAAAGGCUGCCACAUCUGGACACAGUCAUACAAAUACAGAUUUGCACGGGGACUGGUCACCUGUGAGCUCGGGCCCCCCUGCCAAGCACAGCUCUGCGCCUGUGACCAGAAGCUCGUCUACUGCCUGAAGAGGAACCUAAGGAGCUACAACCCUCACUACCAAUACUUUCCCAACUUCUGCUGCUGACCAAGACUUUUGUCCCCUUCUCCUACAACACGGAGCCCACCGAUGCUGCUGGGCUCCCGAGAGAGUCUCCCGGUCUCAGACCUUCUUCUCUCUCCAUGGUCCACGGGGCUUGGAGGAGCCCCAUGGCCACUCUUCACGCUCCACAGAGUCCCAGGAGAGCGACUUGGGUCAUAGGACCGGGUAAGGUCAGGGUCUCUGGCCCCCGCUUGUGAGGUCGGCCCCUCUGAUGCUGGGAGCUCACCCCUAGCUCCAGGCCAGCUGUCCCCCCUCAUCCUGAAGACAGUGCCCCUUCUCCAGCAAGAUGCAUUUACUGUUCAGUUUCUGCAAUCGGAUUCUCACUACCACCCUUUAGAGAAUUUUUACUCAAGGUAGAAGCCAAGUUGACCCCAUAAGUCUGUCAUAUAGAUAUUAAAUAAAAUUUAUUCUUGGGGCGCCUGGGUGGCUCAGUCGGUUGAGCAACUGCUUUCGGCUCAGGUCAUGAUCCUGGAGUCCCGGG